AUGCGGGAUUGGCAAAGUUUCUUCGUCAAAAUCGGUAUCCCGUCAAGUAUUUCAUCUCGCUAUGCUGAAAUAUUCAGGCAAAAUAGAGUCUCAGAAGAUAUGCUUCCCGAUCUUGACAAGGCUACAUUAGCUGACUUGGGAGUGACAGCUGUUGGUGACCAACUGGCGAUCUUGAGGCAUGCAAAAGAUCAAACGUACGAAACAGAAAUUGAUUCUCCAGCGAAACUUCGCGUACACAUUCCAGGACCAGGAGCUGAGAAAUCGGUGAAUGGAUCCUCAAGCAGUGAGCAACGCAAGGGGCGACCUCCUCCAGACCGACACGAAAUCUAUCACAUCAAAAUGCCAGAGGGUAAUACCGCUCGUACGAAGCAAAUCAAGCAAAACGCAAGCAUGAUGCGAAAGCAUGGUUUGUCACUUAUGUGCUUUUUAAAUUCCGCUUGGCUUUUUCGACGGAUUUCUUGA